AUGAACGCAUUAUUACCUUCAGAGUUGGCCAUUUUUAAGGGACAUUUCCGGGGUUUAGUAAAUGAAAACACAGACUUAUUAAUUAAAAAUUUGGUAAAUCUGAUAUUAAAGACUUCUAAUAUCGAGGAAAUUUAUUUAGGUGAUUUAAUCCCUUAUCUGCCAAAUAACUUUCAUGAAAAUCCAGAACUUCACUUUGAAAAUAUCAAAGAAUUCCAUUAUGUUAAUACAAAUUUGCCUGGUUUAUUGAAUAAUUUUGUUGGAAUUGCUAAUGAAAUUGAAAAAUUAACUGUUGAAAUAAAAAAACCUGAUGAGGCUGGUGAUGGACUAGGUGAACUGAUAAAUCGGCAAUCUGAAUUAAAAAUAAUGCAUCUUCAUGUAGAAAAAGAUUAUUCUUUAUUUACAAAGACCUUGAAGGCAUUAUUGGGUAAAUCAGGCUCAUUAAUAGAAUUCAAAGGCUAUAUUCACACUAUGGAUGAAAUGUUGAAAGAAGGAGCAGAAUUCACAAACAUGAAAAAAUUGGACCUAUUUAAUCAUUAUGACGAUGGGAAUAUUUCAAUGAGUUAUUUCAAGCGUGCUGAAUUUCCAUCACUUGAAGAAUUUCAUUUUCAGUUUAACAUAGAAGAUACUAUAGAUGAUCUUAUUCAGUUUAUUAGCAGAAAUGGGUCAAACCUAAAAGUUAUUGACAUUGAAGGCAAUCCAGAUGAAAGUUCAUUCGGGCUUUUUAUUGAAGAAAUCGCAAUAACUUGUCAAAAUUUAAAAUAUUUAUAUUUACCAACUUUGUAUCAUAGUGAUUAUCAAGCUUCCUUAGAUCAUUUGUCUGAAAAUUGUGCUGGACUAAAGAUCGUCAUCACUAGCUUUGAUGAUUACAAAUUAAAUAAUGAAUCAAAAACAAUAAAUGAACUCAAAUUAAAAGCCAACAAAUUAAAAUUAAAAGUCAAUGAAUUAAAUAAGAGGCUAAAUGAAUUAAAAAAAAUAAAUGGCGAAGAAUUGGUUGGAUUGAUUGAUUUAUCAAACAAAUUGCUUAAAGUAUUAAAUAUAAUAGAUGAUUGCAUUUAUUGUGUAGAAAAUAAUAAGUAUGAUGGCUUGCUUAAUAAAUUAAUUGACCUAUUGAAAGAACCCUCAAAUAUUAGUUUAAAAAUAGUAAAAGAAUUAGAUGACCAAUUAAACAGUGAAGUAUUGUGUGAUAGUAAAUAUUGUCGUUAUAAAGAAGGAAAAGAAAGUAUUGAAUUGGCAGAAAACAAACGUCAAGAAAUUAUCACUUCAGAAAAAUAUUUGUCAGAUGAAAAAACUUAUAAACAUCAUCAAGGAUCAUUCUAUAUAAAUCGUCCACUAAAAAAAAUUAUUGAACAAGCUAAUUCAUCAACUA